AUGCUCGCUGAGAUCAUCAGCCAGAACGUAACCGUCAUCCAGAGCAUAUCUGACCAGCUCAAGACGCCUCAUCCUACGCUCGAUGACACAUAUGACUCUGGCAGCAAAGCCGAACAACUCACUCUCCACCCCGAGGUCCUCAGCUCUGCUUUCCUGGCUAUAUCUGCCGCAUCUCAGCUCAUUGCGACGCUUAAGCUUCCGGGGCUUUCGUUGCUCGAUAGAGCCAACUGCUUUCACAUACCAUCGGCAUUUAGGAUCUGCCUCGAAUCUGCCGUCGCGGAGAUACUGCGGGAAGGUGAUCCGGACGGCGUAGAUGUCGCAGAGAUAGCGUCAAAGUCUGGCAUAGAUGCUGGUCCUUUAGAAAGAGCUCUCCGACUCCUAGCAACUCAUUACAUAUUCAAGGAGACGCGUCCUAACGUGUUUGCCAACAAUCGCCUUUCCUCCAUGUUGGAUUCUGGGAGGAGCAGCGCCACGGUUCUUGCUCUGGGACAGAGACGCGAUAAGCCAAUUGUUAAUGGCAUUACCAAUAUUCAAGGCGAGAAAUAUGUCGGAACAGACGGUAUCACAGCUCUCCUUGAGCAGAACGCAGAUGAAGUGUAUAAGGCGUCUGCAUACAUCCCAGACACUGUGCUAUCCAACGACUGGUCCAAAACUCCCUUCCAGCGAGCGUUCAAUUUGGAGAAAUCUAUUUGGGAUUUUUACGAAGAAUAUCCAGCGCAUCUCCAAAGGAUUCAGAUUGCCAUGGAAGGCUUUGUCGGUGUACGACCUCAGUUGAAGUUGCUCAAAGGAUUCGAUUGGGCUCAACUACGUGCCGGCUCACUGCUAGUCGAUGUCGGUGGAGGUAAUGGCUCCGAGUCGUAUGAGAUUGCGAAGAAGGCGCCACACCUCAAGAUUAUCAUCGAGGACCGCGAAGAGACAGUCAAGCAGGUCACUGGUCCGACGUGGCAAGCACACGCGGAGAAGAAAUCAUUGCUGGACUCCGGUCGCGUUAGCCUUCUAGGUCAGGACUUUUUCGAUGCGCAACCUGACGACCUUGGAAAGGUCGCGAUGUUCUUUAUGCGUUUUAUAACACACGAUUGGCCCACAUCGGAUUGCGUCAGAAUCCUCAGACGCUUGCACGCCGCAGCUGCCCCCGACACCCUACUCCUGAUUAACGAUCAAGUCGUUCCGUACGCGUGCCCCACGCCGCCGUCUUUGAUCUACCCAGGCUCGUGGACACCUGACGUGCCGUCCCCUUUGCUGGCUAAUCUGGGAGAAGCGAGUGCGGAGGUGUACUUCAUCGACUUUGCCAUGACGGCGCUGUUUAACGGUCAGGAGAGAACCCUGGGAGAGUUCAAAGAGAUGGCGGAGCAGGCCGGAUGGAAGAUCGAGAAGGUGUACCAGACGGUGGGGAGUCGCAUUAGCCAGGUCGUUUGCUCCAAGAUUUAG